AGGUGAAGCGUGAACAUUGCCCAGCCCCUCAGUUGUGCUCUGUCUGCCCACCACAAUGCGGGUGACAGGUGUGACGCGGUGUGUGCUGCUGCUCAUCACACUGCUGGGCACAUGGUUCAUCAUGCACACGUACUUUGAUCAAGGAUGGAAAGCCAUCAGCCUGCGAAGCUGGCUCGGCAAAGAGCUGCCCCGGCACAAGUGUGGGAAUGAGAAAAGCUGCCCUCACAACUAUUUUGCCUUCAGGAUCAUCAGCGGUGCCGCAGAUGUAGUGGGACCCUCCAUCUGCUUUGAUGACAUUAUCCUCAUGAGCAGUGUGAAAAACAACAUUGGCAGAGGCCUGAAUAUCGCGCUGAUGAACGGAACAACCGGGCAACUCCUGAAAGCAGACGCGUUCAACAUGUACUCUGGAGACAUUAGUAAGCUGGAAACCUUCCUAGGAGAGGUCAAGCACGGCACCAUUGUGCUAGCAGCCAGCUACGAUGAUGUUGCCACAAAGAUGAAUGACAAAGUAAGGGCACAUUUUGUGGAGCUGGGUAGCAGUCAUGUGAAGAAUCUGGGCUUCCGGGACAACUGGGUCUUCUUGGGAGCGAAAGGGCUAAAGGACAAGAGCCCCUUUGAGCAGCACAUCAAAAAUAAUAAGGAAACAAAUAAAUACGAUGGCUGGCCUGAGCUGCUGGAGAUGGAGGGCUGCGCCCCCAGGAAGAUGGAUUAGCAUCAAGCUCCAGCCUGCCACAGAGGGGCCUUCACCGGUCUCGCAGGCACACCAGCCUCAUCACUCCAACCCCAGCCCCUCAUCACCCCGCCACACAGCCCAGCCAUGGCUCCCCACUCCCAGGGACCAGCCCUUCCACAGCAGGAGCUGCACAGGGCUUGGAGAAGAGCUGCACGAGUGCCUGCAGAGCCUGAGCAAACACCCAGCCAGGGUUCAGCUGAACUGUCCUCAUCUAUGGGUCAAUAUGCACUAUUUUAUUUUUCUGUCUUUUAACCAAAAACUUUGUAAAAGCUUUUUCUUUAAAAAAAAAAAAAAAAAAAGCUUUUUUUCUUUAAAUAAGAUACCCAACUUUAAAACACUAGUUUUUAAUUCCCAUUGCACACUUCACUGCACACAGGUGCUCCCCCUCCCCAUACAGCACCAGAAAAAGCCACUCCUGGGGAUGCUAAAGCCUUGGCGGUUUCUCGCUGCGGCUCCUACCAUCAUCCCCUAACCCCCCGCUGCCUACUGCAGUGACAGAAAGGCCACAUAGUCACAGGGGUGCCUUGCAGCAACGUGGGUUAAUAUUUGCAGACUGAAGCAUUUUCCCCAUGAGGUUGCACCUUUCCUCAGUUAAAUCCAAGCUAAAUCCUCCGUGAUGCAGCCCCAAAGGUCAGAAUAACACCAGUGAGGUGCCAAACCGACUUUGCCCUGCAAAGACAGGAGGAUGGAUGUGAAGUUUCUCAGGCAGCUGAAGUUGUGCAGCAUAACCAAUAGGUGGGAGCCUUUUACCAGGAGAGCAGGAGCCGGGAGCAGUCCGGAGCAACACAAGACACCUCGUCUGGCACCAACACACCCGCUUUGCUCUGGGAGCUGCACCCCAACCCAGGGCCGGAUAACACAGCUGGGAGAGGAGAGAUCCCUGCCCAAAACCACGGGCCAAAGCCCCGCAGUCCUCCUUCCACAACGGUAUCCAUGCUGCUGCCCAGCAUCGAGGAGGUCCUGAGGAGCAUCUGCCCUGACUUGCGUGAGCGUGCAUUCACCCAAGCACCAUCUGUACCCAAAGCCUCCCUGAGGAUGAGCACAGGGAACAUCAGAUAAGCUUCAUGAGUAAUAGCCUGGAUUUAUUUGUCAUCAGGGACAAAUGCGCAUCAUGUACGGACUUCAAUUUCCUAUGAUUGUAUCUGGUUUUUCUCCAUCCUUCAAAGCAGACCAGCAGUUCUGCAGAACACGGAGGUGGAGCAUUUCUGCUGGAGCGCUUGGAGCUUUGCGGGAUAACAAGCUAUCCUGCACAGCCUUUAAUGCCUCAAACAGUAGGUUUUGCCCCAGAAAUGCUUCUAACAGGCAGCUCACAUUGGUUAUCUGACCCAUCAAAUAACUUCAGGAAAGCAGAAGCGAAGAGCAUUGGCAGAAAAAGGCCAGGAAGAAACAGCCUGUCCCGUGCCAGCCACCUCAGGGAUGAAACUAUGGGACCAAAAUCCAGCUCCACCACUCAAAACCAGCGAGGCAAGCAGUUUUCCCUAAACAAGCGAGAGAAAUGAAGCCCCAAAACAGCCAUCAGAGGAAUCUCCCAGUAGCUGUAGUAUUUAUCCCAGCCUAUCCUCCUGUGUUCUUAACGUGCACCUGAUCGCCUCAGCCAUAAAUCAAUCCUUAAAUCUUCUGCAACAACAGUGGUUAAUCCCAAGUGCUGAAUCAUUCCCACCUGUGGCAGCAGCAAGAAAUAACACAAUACAACAGACACAACAGCCCUCCCAUCACACAGCCUUGUUGCAAUGCCAGCAUAAAUAUGCCAAAUAUUUUAAGCCCCCUCAAAGGAUCUAGACUCUCUUAUAAACUAAACUGAAAACAGCCUAAGAGCUGUAAAGGCGGUGGCAUGGGGUGAUCCAGUGCACGGCAUCAGCUACAGCUCAGCAAACAACCAGCCCCUUUCAGCCACAGGAAACUCUUCCUAGCCCUAAUAUUAAAAAAAUC